AUGGAUCCGUUUUUGGCUCUGCUACACUCUUUUUCCUUGAGCCUCUCGGACGGUGAGCUCUCUUCCCUGAAGUUUCUCUGCCGGGACAAGAUUGGGAAGAGGAAGCUUGAGGCUGUCCGAAAUGGCAGGGAGCUCUUCAAUAUCCUUCUCGAGCAGCAGCUGAUCGCAAGCGACAACGUAUCGUUUCUUGAAGGCUUGCUGGAGAGCAUUCAAAGAAAAGAUUUGGUCGUACAGCUAAAGCAGUUCGUGGAGCGAAGAGAACUUAAUGAUCCUCAUGAUCAACCAGACGAGCAUGAAAAACGUCUGCUGGAUGCAGCUAUUGAAGUCAUACGUGAAAAUGUUGGGAGGGACUGGAGAAUGCUGAUACGAAAACUUGGCAUUUCCGAAGUGAGAAUAGACAGAAUAGUGGCAGCCAAUCCAUUUAAUUUGUGUGAACAGUUGCUUCAGUCACUUCAAGAGUGGCGGAAAUGGAAGGGAAAAGAUGCAAAGGUGACUGACUUAAUAAAAGCUCUUCGGGGCUGUAACAUGAAUUUGGUGGCAGACAAAGUUGAACAGACGCUCUUGCCACUGAACCUGGAACCGGGUGAAAUCAACAUAAAAACACUUCCACGUCCCACAGAUAUGGAUGGAAAAA